AUGGCCCCUAGAAGUAGUAAGAAGGCUUUGACAUUAUGCCUUUUCCAGAGUCUGGCGGGAGUGAUUUUUGGGUGGAGUAAUUCGGAAGGAAGUGGUCUAUUCAGUAUGGAUUCUUACCAGAGACGAUUUGGUACUUGUGACGCUGCUGGUGCUUGCGUCCUCACAACGACCAGGCAAAGUGCUAUCACUGGAUUACUGAGUGUCGGAGCAACCAUUGGAGCAGUUGGAUCUGGUACAAUCGCAGACAAAUUUGGUCUUCGACUCACGUGCUUGAUGUUUAUUGCUGUAUAUCUCGUUGGAGCCGCUAUCGAAACUUCUGCCAUGAACACCUACGGCCAAAUUUGCGUGGCCCGUCUCCUGACAGGUCUAGGUGUUGGCGCCACAUCCGGUUUGGUACCUGUCUUUCAAGCCGAGGCAGCUCCUCCUCGGUUCAGAGGUUUGGUGACUGGGUCUUUCCAGCUGUGCGUUACCCUCGGAAUCUGGGGUGUAUCUAUGACCAAUUGGGGAAUGAGUUCGUAUGCGGGAGACGUAUCUUGGCGAGUCCCCGUUGGCUUGCAAAUGGCUUGGGCUGUUCUUCUUCUCGUAGGGUUCGUCCUUUCUCCUGAGUCACCUCGGUUCCUUGCCAAGAAGGGUAAAUGGGAUCUUUGCCGCAAAAAUUUGGCGAACCUUCGAGGACUGCCUAUGGAUCAUCCUGAUAUCGAGGCAGAGAUGAUUGAAGUAAGAGAAGCAAACUUGAAGGACCAAGAACAAGGUGCAGCCAGCUACCUCGAAUGUUUCUCGACAAAAGACCGAAUCCUCUGGAGAACUAUGAUUGGUGUCUUUGUCCAGAUUGGUCAGCAAAUCACCGGUAUCAACUUCUUCUUCUCAUACGGUGUCCAAUUCGCCCAAACUGCUGGUCUUGCCAACACCUAUAUCUUCCAAAUUAUCUUGGCUUCCGUCAACGUGCUAUUCUCGUUCCCCGGUAUUCUCGCUGUUGACCGGGCUGGAAGACGACCCGUGCUUCUCAUCGGAGGUGCCCUCAUGUUCAUCGGUCAAAUCGUAGUUGGAUCGGUAUCUAAAGCCUAUCCCGAUGACAAAGUUGCUGGUGACGUUCUCAUCGCCUUUACCUGUCUGUUUGUCGCUAGUUUUGCCUCAAGUUGGGGACCUGUUGCAUGGGUCGUCUGCGGUGAAACCUUCCCCAUUCGACUCAGUAGUCUUUGUGUUACUUUAGGUACCGGUGCCAAUUGGCUCUUCAACCUUAUCAUCGCUUUCGCUGCGCCUCAAAUACAAGCGAUCAUAGGAACGGGCAUCACCUUUGUCUGGGCUGGAUGUCUCGCUUUAUCUUUCGUCUUCGCCUAUUUCUGUAUCCCCGAAACCAAGGGAAUGUCUAUUGAGGAAGUUGAUGCUCUCUACCUCUCGGGGUGCCCAGCAUGGAAAUCGUCAAACUUCAAAGCUUCUCAAGCUACUACCCAGAAGAUAGCUUCAGAAAAGCACUAUGCUCGAUCUACACACAGAGAAGGUGAAGAAGGAAAACAAUCGCAUCACACUAGCGCUAGAACGAGUGCUGAAGGUACCAUGGUGUAA